AUGAUCAAUUUAUUUGGUCGAUUUGGUCAUUUCAUCUGGUCAAUUUGGUCAGCUCAAUUGGUCAAUUUGGUCAAUUUGGUCAAUUUGGUUGAUUUGGUUGAUUUGGUCAAUUCAUCUGGUCAAUUUGGUCAAUUCAUUUGGUCAAUCUGA